GUCGACCACCAUCACAUCAUGCCUGCGAGAAAGUCACGCAAUCCACCUAAGAAAGAAAGUGUCGUCAAGGAGGAAGCUGUGAAGGAGGAAGCUGCGAAGGAGGAAGUUGUCGAGAAGGAAGCUGUCAAGACGAAACCUGGUCCGAACGAAGUUGCUCUGCCCGUCAUUUAUACAGACAACCUCACCCACGACAUUUUCCUUGAUCGCGGCUACACUGUCACGCAGGCCAGGAGUUAUGCGAUUUUCUCUGCGCGUGAACACGUCCUAAAGGAGACCAAAGUGGAUAUUCUGAAUAAGGAGCACCCUUGGCUUCCUCCGCCGAAAGUGGAGAGCCGCGCCGAAGUUUUUAAGAAGGUGAAUGAGAAUAUCGUCGCCACCCUCGUUUACCGCAAAACCACACUCGACGACACGGAGAUUGGCAAUCUGCCGAGCGAUGAGCAACCAGCAAUUUUGGUUCACGGAAAGGAGCACCCUGUGACUCUCACAUUGAAAAGUGAACGUGCCAAAGCCCUUGGAGCUGAACUUGAUGCCGAAAAAAAGGCGUCAUCCUCUGAGAAGGCUACCGAGCCAACCAAAAAACAAGCCAACGACGCCCCAGCCGAUAAGAGUGACAUGGCGACACUCCAGGCUCAGUUUCGGAUGGUCCUUGAUGUGUGCCAAAAAUCUGAAGAACGGAUUCGAGGCCUUGAGAACACGAUUGAUGAGCUGAAGGCAGACAACGCGCAGCUGAAGGCAGACAACGCGCAGCUGAAGGCAGACAACGCGCAGCUGAAGGCAGACAACAUGCAGCUGAAGGCAGACAACAAACGCAUGGACAGUGCUAUUGCUCAACUGCAAACGCGGCUGCAAGACGUGGAGGGACCCCUCUCCAGGUUGAGUUUGCGAAUCACCCACGACAUGGCUCGUAAAAAGUUGGCCUUCUUGCUGGAUCCAACGCUCAACGAGAGCACGUGGUCGGGCUUCUCAUGGAGCGACUUCGUUACUAAAUUUCCUAUGGAGAAGGCCCGGGCAGCCUUGAGCAACGACUCACCUUGGCUCAAAGAUGCUCAGAUUCUCCCCCUUCUGUAUUUGCCAGACAAGUACAAAUCUUUCCGCAGUGCUGGGUCGAGGGUGGCCCACGAGGCCGAAGAACCCGAGCUGGCGCUUGCGAUUCUGCGUCUCCCUGACAAACCGCAACGUCGGGCUUUCCUAAGCCUCCACGAAAUCGUUCACGGCAAGCCAGCCGAUUUCCCGCGUACCUAGUACAUCACUGCCUUUUCCCCAUGCCUCGUAUCCUUGUAUCACAUCCAUGCCGUCCCACGUCCACACUGUACAGUUAGUUACCAUCAAUCUCAUCACGAGACUGAGCAUCA